AGAACGAUCACUUCAAAGUGGAAGCCGGUCGGAAAGGCAUCGAAGUGAUUUGGAUGAAAAAGAAAGAGAAAGGAGUCGUGAGAAAGAGCUUAGAGAAAGAGAGAGGGAAAGGGAGUUCAAGGAACGGGACAGAGAAAACAGAUGUGCUAGAGCAGUCUUCAGAUGGUCUUUCUGGCAUUUGGGCCAGGCACAGGGACUCAGUUCAUGGGUUUUAAAUAUUUCAUCCUAGACCUUCCGGAAUCACUCACUUAAAAGCUUGCGUUGCAAGAUCAGGGUGACUUUUCUGGAGGUUUUGACCAGGGUGGUUAUGUCAAGUUACAGUUUCCGUUAUCCUCCACCUUUAAACACCAGUGCUUAUUGUAUUUAUUCUGUUGCAGAAAUGCUGGUGAGAAAGUGAUGGGCUUUGCUUAAGAGAAGCACUUCAUCUUCUGAUGCUUAUGGGAAAUCAAUGUUCAGUGGUCUACAAGAUUAGCCAUAACUUUUUGUGGGAUUUAUUAAGUGGUUGUUAAAAUGAUAUUUAAAUAUUCAAUUCAAUAUCUUGAGGAGUAGGUAUUAGAUAAUCACAGUGCCAUUCAAGGCCAAUGGUGAAGUUUACUAUUGGUUCACUGAUCUGUAGCACUAAAAAAAUGGUCAACCGACAAAUUUUUGCGAGUUAUUCUCUGUAAUCAUCAUCUUUGGAAUUCAUGUCCCUUUGUUUAUGAUUGUGGAAUGUUUUUGCCUCAUUAUUAUUAUUAUUUUUUGUAAGGUUUGCAAUCUGCUUUUCCACAUGCUUGACUUAACUGCUUCUCUGUGCUCCUUCACAUGUACCAUGAAAGAAGCCUCCAUGGUCCAACUUCUAGCUUCAAAAUCUAUCUGGUUUUAUUUCUCUGUAACAAAUUUGACAUCAUAAUAUAUGAUGAUGAUAAUCUUGUUACUUGUUAGGUAUACAACUUUUAGAAAAAUAGUUGGUAAAUUUUUUUAAUGUUUUCUUAUCUCCAGUUGUAUAUCUGCUUCAGGUGUUUCACCUUCUUGGUGCCCUUUUCAUAAAUCCUAUAUUUGGCAUUAAAAAUAAGAGGAGCCGUAUGAUUCUCAUGUCUUUCUUAUAUGAUGUGUUUUCCAUUCUCUGUUUUAUACUGAUUCGAUCAGAUGCUUUGAAUUGAUGGAAAGUGCAUAACUUGUUAGUCUCAAGUCCUUUUUUGUUUGUUUAUAUGUGAGGACUAGGUGUCAAUCUCCCUUCACUUAGUUCCCAUGUUGUUCUCCAGGUCUGUUCUGAUUAAUUAAGAAGAAAAAAUUUCUUAAUUCACCUCUGUGUUUGUUGGCCCUCACUUCUCUUGCUAAACUUCGUGUACUUCCCUGCAGGACUAUGUUAAAUGGGUACAGGCUUUCACUCCAUGCAGAAAAUUAAGAUGCGGAAAAAGGAAGAAGAGCCUGUGGUUGAUCCUGAAAGGGAUCAAAGGACAGUGUUUGCUUAUCAGAUUCCUCUGAAGGCAGAUGAAAGAGAUGUGUAUGAGUUUUUCUCAAGGGCUGGAAAGGUGCGAGACGUACGCCUUAUAAUGGAUCGGAAUUCUAGGCGUUCAAAAGGAGUUGGGUAUAUAGAGUUCUAUGAUGCAAUGUCAGUCCCCAUGGCAAUAGCACUUUCUGGGCAACCUCUUUUUGGCCAUCCAGUGAUGGUAAAACCAUCAGAAGCUGAAAAGAAUCUUGUUCAGUCAACUACAUCUACUGCCGGAACAUCAGGUGGCCUUACCAGUCCCUAUUCGGGCGGGGCCAGGAGACUCUAUGUUGGAAAUUUGAAUACCAACAUAACUGAAGAUCAGCUUCGGCAGGUUUUUGAGCCAUUUGGUACUGUGGAGUUGGUGCAGUUGCCUCUCGAUGAAACCGGGCAUUGUAAGGGUUUUGGAUUUGUUCAGUUUGCACGUCUUGAAGACGCUAGAAGUGCUCUAAAUUUGAAUGGACAAGUAGAGAUUGCAGGUCGUAUGAUUAAGGUGUCAACAGUAACUGAUCAACCUGGCAUUCAAGACAUUGCAACAAAUGCUGGUGAUCUCGAUGACGAUGAGGGUGGUGGCUUGUCGCUGAAUGCACGUUCUCGAGCACUUCUCAUGCAGAAGUUAGAUCGCACUGGCACUGCAUCAAGUAUAACUGGUUCACCAGUUACCCCUGUUUUCAAUACCGCUGGCAUUACUCUACCCUCAACACCUAUCCCUGCAGUUUCUCCCCUUGUUACUCCUAUCAUACAGGGUGUUGUUCCUGCUCUCACUGGAUUUCCAGGCACCUCUCUCCAACUUCCUAGUGUUACGGUGCCAUCCGUUGAUAUGAUUGGCAACCCAAGUGAAUGUCUCUUGUUGAAAAAUAUGUUUGAUCCAACUGCAGAGACGGAACCAGAUUUUGAUUUGGACAUCAAAGAAGAUGUUGAAGAAGAAUGUUCAAAAUUUGGACAUUUGAAGCAUGCAUAUGUAGACAAGAACACUGCUGGUUUUGUAUAUGUCAGAUUUGAUAAUUCACUAUCUGCAAUGAAUGCACAACGUUCUCUCCAUGGAAGAUGGUUUGCUGGAAAGAUGAUUACUGCAACAUUCAUGACACCCCAGGCCUACGAGGCUCAAUUCCCUGAAAGCAAAUAGGAGCCCGGAGCUUGGACGUGCAAUGUCUGAAAGAGGAGUUACUGCGCUUAUAUUGCUAUGACCGUCAUCUUUUGGUGGUUGUAACGAGUGGGCCAGUUUGCCAGAAGAAGUCGUUAGCUUCAAGCGUAGCUGUGAUAGUGGUCGCCAUGAAAGCCUAAAAAGUUAUAUUUAAGUGUCCAAUACAUUAUAUGCAAUCUGUUGCCUCCCUCAGAAUUUAAAGAAUUGACCAAGCAUUUGUUACGCCCUUGUAUCCUCUUCAAAUUGCCUUUUAUUUUACUCAAUGAGUGUUGUUGGUAGAAUUGAAUCUGAGCCUGUAUGUGCUAAUUCGCAUACUGAAAGUGGGAUUUAUUGAACAAUUUUUUUGAUCUAAACAAGUGUGUUUGAUGAGUA